GGGAGGACGACCAGUUGGAAGAGGCGGACGUGCUGUUGCUGGUCCGGUGGAAAUUUCAUUUGAAGGAAGAAGAGAGGCACUAGGAGAAGCUCGUCUAGUUUUUUUUUUAAAUCAUCUUUUAUUUAUUUCUGCUGGCAGAAUGUGCACCCCGUUGUGCUGUCUUUCGCAGCUGGCCUGCUGCUGCGGCUCAGCGGCCUGCUCCUGCUGCUGCUCCUGCUGCCCAAAGAUCAAACAGUCCACCACCACCAGAAUCAUGUACGCGUUCUACUUCCUGCUGGUCACAAUCGUCUGCUGCAUCAUGAUGUCCCCCAAAGUGGGGGACGCGCUCGCAGAAGCUAUCCCCUUCUACAGUCAGAUGUGUGAGACCAUCAAUGCCGGGGAGAAGUGCAAAACCCUGGUGGGGUACUCGGCGGUCUACAAGGUUUGCUUCGGAAUGGCCUGCUUCUUCCUCUUAUUCUCCCUCUUCACCAUUCGCAUCAGGAACAGCACAGACUGCAGGGCUGCCGUCCACAACGGGUUCUGGCUGCUGAAGUUCAUCCUGCUGGUGGGCUGCUGUGCUGGUGGCUUCUUCCUUCCCGAGGAGAAAACCUUCCUGCAAGUCUGGCUCUACAUCGGAGCUGCAGGCGGGUUUUGCUUCCUGCUGAUUCAGCUCCGACUGCUGGUGGAGUUUGCUCACAGAUGGAACACAAACUGGACGUCUGGUGUGAAGUACAACAAAUUCUGGUACGCAGCGCUGGCCUUCGUGACUCUGAUGCUGUUCAGCAUAGCAGUGGGCGCAGUGGUCUUCAUGGCCAUGUACUACACUCACCCAGAGGCCUGUUUUGAUAACAAGUUGUUUCUGGGAAUCAACACCAGCCUCUGUUUAGUUAUCACUCUGCUUGCCAUCUCACCCUGGAUUCAGAAACUGCAGCCACAGUCAGGCCUGCUGCAGCCCGGAGUCAUCAGUGUCUACGUCAUGUAUCUGACCUUCUCAGCCUUCUCCAGCAAACCCAAAGAAACGGUGGAGGUGGACGGUGUCAACCAGACGGUGUGUGUGUUUCCCUUCAACUCUGGGACUGAGAGUGACAAGCAGAUCGUCACGGGCCUGGGAACCACCCUGCUGUUCGCCUGCAUCCUUUACUCCUGCCUGACGUCCACCACCAGGAGAAGCUCGGCAGCACUGCGCGUGUACAGGAACUGCGAGCCGGAGACGGAGAGAGCUCGCUGCUGCUUCUGCUGUGGAGACGACUCAGUUUCAGAGGACGGCGAUGAUGACCAGAGGAGCGGAGGCCAGAAUGUGGUCUACGACGAGAAGGAGGGGACCAUCUAUGGCUACGCCUACUUCCACUUUGUCUUCUUUCUGGGCUCCUUAUACGUCAUGAUGACUGUCACCAACUGGUUCCACUACGCUGACCACGAGAUUGAGAAGAUGUUAGAAGGCAGCCCGUCGGUGUUCUGGAUCAAGAUGGCCUCCUGCUGGGUCUGUCUCUUCCUCUACAUGUGGACCCUCAUCGUCCCCAUGAUCUUCCCCGAGCGCUUCGAGGCGUAGAGAGACACGACCCCGCGACCCUCAGCGUCUGAGACGGAGGAUGAUCUGUUGCCUUCUGUUUUAUAUGCUCCGUGUGGUUUGUUAAGCUGUUACUACCUUGACGGUAUUUUUCUUAUUUUUGAUACGACAGUUUUCUAUCACUCUCAGGUUUGAGGUUGCAGGACAUUCUGACAACUUCAAACCCGGAAGUCACUUUUGUACGUGUCUCAGUUGGUUUCAGUUUUGUACUUUUGGAGCUGCAGCAGAGUCCGAGGACGACUGGCGUUCUAGUCCAGUCCUAAUACUGAGAGAAUGAGCGAACGCGGUCGUGCCGGACGCUGCUCCAGACUCACCUCUCAGGCUCUCUGUCUCUCUAGUUCCAGGCCCAUGUAGACGUUCUCUAUGCAACAGAACAAGCUCUCCUCGUUUCUAGAUGAUAUCUGUGGUGAAACAUUGUCAGAUCCUUUGAGCCAAAUCAGUUAUUCCUCACACUCAUGCGUUCGACGGCCGUGAUGGAGGUUUGUGGUGCCAAAGGUAGUAGAAGGUUUGAUCUGUGACACUAGUAGAACUGUAAGUGUUCCUCCACUAGCAUGCUGAUACUCACCUGUUUGGGCCAGAAGCCUUUCGGCCACAAUCAGGUAGCUUUUAUACUCGAUUCAACACUGGAUGUUGACUUGAAACCCGAUUCACUCGUCAUGUGACUCCUCAUUAUCGUUCUCACCCGAGUCGUGUCUGUCUCUCGCUCUCUUAACAUGUUUUAUAGUAACAUAUGUACAUUUUGAAUAUUCUGAUCUCAUCCCUGUGAAGUGACUCGGAAUGUGGAGAUGUAUCUGAUAAACACUUUAGUCGGCAACUGUGAAGGAUGUAAACGGCAUAGAUGUCGGUGUUGAAGUGCAAAGUCGUAGUCGCUAUGGAGACCAGCUAUGUUGUUCAGAUCUAAAAUUAAAACCUUAAACACCAUCUGCUGCAGUCGAAGUUUG